GAUUAAUCACGGUUCAUGUUUUCUUGGGCCUCCGUGACGAAACGCACAGAUAUAAAAGCGCACCUGGUGACGUUGAGUUGCCAAAGGCGAACAGGCAAGAGGAAGGAUUUGGUCUACCUACAGAGCGAAGGGGAGAAGACGAACUACAUGAAAAUGAUUUCAAAUAUCCCAUUUUUCUGUUUAACUGCGCUUGUACUUCUGAACUUGGUAGGAGCCAACCCCAUGUCAAACCUACAGAGCUUGAAACAGCUUCUGGAGGAGGAGAGUCGUGUACCAUAUUACGCGUCGGAGGAGAUGGGGGUGGAUGGGAAAGACUUGAAUACAGAGAACAUCGCGGAAGAGAUGCCUCCUUGGGACUCCGAAGACGCAAGGAAUUCUGCGCUGACGGGAAAGGAGGACGUAAUUGCGCGUCUUCUCAAUGACAUUAUGACGACCCCCAAGCGCUCGUGGAGCCGGUUCAAGAAGGGUGGACUGAGAAGCUGCUUCGGCGUCAGACUAGAGCGAAUUGGGUCAUUCAGUGGGCUUGGAUGCUAAAGGACAGGGUUUGGGCUGUUGAUCAGAGCACAAGAAACGACCCUUACUUGAACUCUUCAACAAGGAUGAACCUCUUCACCUCAGAAAGUCUCGACUGAGAGUUUACAAUGGCGUUUGUGAUGAGAUGUAUUUAAAUGUGUGGUUCGCAUUUGGAAUAUUUAAAUGGUUAUUAUUUUAGAACUGUAUACUGAUGAAUUUUCAUUUUUGUCUCUUGCUAUAAUAUACUAUUGUUGUAUGUAUUUAUCUAUUUAUUUUCUUGUAAGAAAAAGAACGUGCAGACUUGCGAUAGAUUGUGGCCUAAUGCGUUGAAAUAAAUAUUUUGCAUAAUAAA